GAGGGGUGAAGGGUUUUGUGGAGGCGGCACUUGUUGCGUGGCGGUGGCUGCGGGGCAUGCCCCGGCGGUAGCGCGAAGAAGGGCGCCCGUGGGGACCGGCGGCCUCCAUCGCUAUGGGGCGGUACUCGGGGAAGACGUGCCGCCUCAUCUUCAUGCUGGUGCUCACCGUCGGCUUCUUCGUGGCCGAGCUGGUGUCGGGCUACCUGGGCAACUCCAUCGCGCUGGUGUCCGACUCUUUCAACAUGCUCUCGGACCUCAUCUCCCUCUGCGUGGGCCUUUCCACGGGGCGCAUCGCCCGCCGCAGCCGCCGGGGUCCCCGCGCCACCUACGGCUACAGCCGGGCUGAGGCGGUGGGGGCCCUCAGCAACGCCGUCUUCCUCACCGCCCUCUGUUUCACCAUCUUCGUGGAGGCCAUCCUCCGCCUCGCCCGCCCCGAGCCCAUCGACGACGCUCAGCUGGUGCUCAUCGUCGGCAGCCUCGGCCUCGCCGUCAACCUCGUGGGGCUCCUUGUAUUCCAGGACUGGGGCUCCUGCUUUCGCAGUCGCCCACCCGCCCCACCACCCACUGCCUCCACGCUGUCGGCCGUGCCCGGAGGGGCCCCGGUCGGGCCGGUGGAUGAAGCAGGUGAUUCACCAAAUGACCAAAAAAGCCCUGAAGAGGGGCCUGAGAGAAAAACAGAGAGAAAAUCUGAAGCCUUGAACAUCAGAGGUGUUCUUUUGCAUGUUAUGGGAGAUGCACUUGGAUCUGUGGUUGUGGUAGUUGCUGCUACAAUCUUCCAUGUACUUCCUCUGGAUGAUGCUCCAUGUAAUUGGCAGUGCUACAUUGAUCCAAGCCUCACAAUAAUUAUGGUGUUCAUUAUCAUGUCUUCUGCUUUCCCACUUAUCAAGGAGACCUCAACUAUUUUGUUGCAAAUGGUUCCUAAAGGUGUUAAUAUGCAAUUAUUGACUGACAGACUAGCUCGUGUACCAGGGGUUAGUAGCCUUCAUGAGGUGCAUGUUUGGGAGCUGGCAGGUGGGAAGAAUAUUGCUACACUUCAUAUCAAGUGCCAAACUCCUACUGAUUACCAAGAUGCUGCUUAUAAAAUACGGAAGGUUUUCCACGAUGCAGGGAUCCACUCUGUGACCAUCCAGCCUGAAUACAUUGACCACAAGACCUCCCAGCUCCUGUGCAGCUCACCCUGCAUCUCAAAAGCUUGUGACUCUCAGCUGUGCUGCAGUCAGAGGAAGCCACCCCUGGCUAAAACUAAUGGCUAUGCUGAGAAAAAUGAUAGCUGCCAUUCUGCACUGCAUAAAGACAAUGGUUCAAGUAAAAAUGAUGUUGAAAUCCCUAUUGAAUCCCCACUGGCAGAGGAUAGCAUUAAAAACCUGAAAAAUUGUGGUGAGGCUGCUGACAAAUCACAGUUGGGAAGUACACGACUGUAGGCAUUUCCCUCUACUUCGUGUAAUGUUUUCACAGAACAAACAUAUCCUGGCUGGGAAGGGGGCCAUCGGUGGUUGUAGCUGAAGUUGGUGUGGGAAAACAAUUUCCGUGCUUUAGCUGUAAACCAAAAUACACCUAAAACCCCUUGUACCUGAAAUAAGGACUAAUGUUUCCACGAGGUGUGUUGCAUUUGUCUAAGAAUUUUUUGCUACAGCCUAACCCAGUUCCUUACAAACUACGUGUGAAUUCCUGUUGUUAGAGUGGAUGGUGUGUCUUGCUGUCUGCACUGAUGCUUGCAGUUAAUGGCCAGUGGCACUGGAAAUGAAACUCUGCCCAUUUCUGCUCAGGUGAGCUGUUUUGUAAAAACCCUGUGGCCAGUUUGUACUGGGCUGAAGUACUGUGUAUUUCUAAAGGACUUCAGUAGAGAUGCUUUUCUGAUCCUUAAACCUCAUUUUUGCACAAACAGUUCAUGUUUAAGAGUAACACUUGUGCUUCUGGCCAGUGGGGUUUAUGAAUGAAAUUGAGAGCAUCUAAGGGAGAGAGGAAGCACUCAGGAAUUUUAACUUGCAUUUUUUUCUGGAUUGGCUCCUGUAUUUAGGGUCAAAGCAGAAGCUGGUCUUGUGUCUCUACUAGUGAUACUGGAGUAUUAACCUUAUUACAGAUAAGUAUUGUAAAGUUCCUGUCCUGAAUGUGAAGAAAUACUAACAUGGUCUGUACUGAUUCUAGCAAAUGGAAAUGCAGGCAGUAAUCCAGUUAACUUUUACCUUGUUUGCUAUUGUGAUUGUACAACUCAGUCUUUUUUAUUUUUAUUUGUGUCUCCUGACAACAGAAAUCAUAUUAGCCAUGGUCUGAAUUCAUCAUUUUGUGGGAUGAUUGCAAUAUCUUUUAAUACCAAGUGUCUGUCAUUAUUCAUGCUGAAUAAAUAAGCUAAUGUGUUUAUUAUGAACAGUUAAAAUUCUGCAGUUGUAUUCUAAGUCAAUUUAAUAUUUUAUUAAUUUAGAAAGUCCCUUUAAAAUUUGUAUGGAGUGUUAUCACUUAGAGGAAGCUUUAAAAAUUAAAACAGUCCUCCCCUCUGCACUCCCCCUCCUUGCCCAGCCCAAAGGUGUAUUUCAAAGUGUAUUGAGUGAAGCAGUUCCUUUAUCUUUUUGCUGCUCACCAUUUUUUAUUUGUUUUUGUGGCGUGGAAGGGUGCUCCAUGGAAAACAAGAUGACAUACCUUGUCACCAGUGCUGGAUUUAGGUCAGGUCUGUUCCCCAGAUUUUUGGAAGAAGAAACCCAAUGUCUGAUUCACACUGAUUGUAGUGCUUAGCCUCACUGGCUAUGCAGACUAUAUCCAGAGGCUUUCAAAUACAUUUUUUUAUGUCAAAAGUAACCUUUCAAUUGCUUGCAUGUCCUGAAUUUUAUUCAUUUAUUUCUGGUGACACCUCUGUAAAAUAAUGCUGUCUUUACCUCAGUGACACCUUAACGGAAAGGGAAAAUUGAUUUCCUGCCCAGGCUGGGAAAAUACCAGGACCUCCUUGUAAGGCUGGCUUGAAAGCUGCCAAGUCCUUAUUAAUAAGGACAAUUACCUUAAGUCAAUGAAUAUUAAACCAUGCAGCAGGCUAUUUUGCUGCUUAUAAAAUGGUACUUACUGAAGCAGUGAUUGCAGUCUACAUAGCACAUUUCUAGAUUUGUAGUUACACCUUUUGAACAGAUUCUUGGGAGAAUUAAUAUAUUUUAUAGCCUUCUGUCAUAGGUUUGUACUAUAUAAAUUAAACGGUGUUAGUAUAAUUGAAGGCUUGGUCCUCCACUCUGAUUCUGUUGGCAGCAGCAGAGCUGAAAGGAUCUUGCUUGGCAGUUAUUGCACAAAUUAGUGUAAAUCAGGAAACAUUUUAAGAAUUUCUCUGUCUUUUAAAAGCAUGUGACGUAAAGUGAGACACCCCCUUCUUCCAUUCAUUUUGUCCUUAUUUUCAUCUAUGAUGAUGUUUAAAUGUCAGGGUUUAGAUGUAAAUAACCAAAAUAUUUAUAGGCUUUUUGAGAACUGGAAUAGAAGGCUCCCAAAAUAACAGUGAAGUCUAUGGGAGAGUUUACUUCCCAGAUACCUUCUAAAACAAACACCCUUUCAUAAUUAUGUAUUUGUGUCUUAAAUCAGGUAAUAAUUUUAUAUAUGGAUUCUAUUGUAUGAUUGAAAGAUGUAAUGGCAGUAUUGUUUACUCUGGAAUUGGACAAAACUAGUAUGUGUAAUGCUGGAGCAUUUGACAAAAUGAACCCUUCUUUUCGUUUUCCUUCCAGUGCUUGUUAAAACUGUGAUUAUCUAUUUUAAAGUUUUUAAAAGUGUUGUAACCUGAAAAGACAAUGAAGUAAUAUUCUUCAACUUUUUUUUCUUGGUUGAAUGUACUGACUUUUUUCCUGUGAAUAAAUAGGAAAAUACCCAGAAUUAUAGAAAUCUUCUAGAUUUUAUAGAAUCUGUAAGAGAACAGGGAAAUUUAAGAUUUCAUUUAUUACAUAAGCAAGCAAAACAAACCUGUAUUAUUUAUGAGGUAAACUUUACAUUUUCUGUUUAGGGAUUUUCAGAGUAUUUGGCUUUGCUUUCUGACCUGGUAUCCUUGCCUUUCUUUAAGUCCUGUAGCAACAUAUUUUUCUCUUCUGUUUUAAGUGUGUUGCAAUUGAGCUCCACUGGCUGGCUCCUCUUUACUUCUGUAGAGGACUUCAUUCCAACUGUUGUAUUGGCUUAUUUCUCUUUAGGUCUUGGCAUAUCUCUUCUAAUUCAGUUGAAGUAUGCUCACCUUGGUUUGAAAUACAGGAUAGUUCAGUAUUUGCCAUAAUCGAAAGGCACUUGUUCUGAAUUCAGUUUUCUAGUGUAUUGCACUGUCCUUAAAAAAAAUCUCUUCUCUGGCCUCUUAAUCUUAAUUGUUUUUUUCCCCCUCCAUUUCAGCAAUGAGAAAUUUCUGGUGGUAGCAAACAACAUUUGCUACCCUGUCCUGUUCAGAUGCUCUGUUCUUAUUGCACCCUUAUAGCAAUCAGUUUCUCUUGCUGUUUCCCCUGCUGGUCCAUCACUGCCUGGAGUAAAGGAAAUCUGCUUAGAACAAAGGUGAUUUUCAAUUUGUCCACCUUAUAUGGCCCUCUGGUAGAGAACUAGUCAUGUGUGGGACUUAGUUUUAUGACAAUGAAACAUUUGCUAGCCUUGUGAGAUAGCUAUGGAGCAAAAGUGAAAUCUGGAAUAAAUCAGCGUGGGAUUGAAUGCAAAAGCAGUUUACUGGCUUUAUUCAGUCAUGGGCCUUUCCUUAAAGUAAAUUCAAUUUUUGCCACCUUUUUGUAUGUCACUCUUUAACCAAACUUGUCAAAUUGAUAGUUAAUUUUUCCUUCUCCUGUAACUCUCUAAAUGCCUUUACUCUUCUAUGUGAAGAAAAAUAAUUGAUGCUAUUUUUGGGAAUAUUACCUUUGCUCUACCAAGUUGUCAGUUUGCUUCCUUUUCGUUGCACUCUUUGAGAUUUAAUUUUCACUUGGAGUGCAACUGUGUUUUUUCUCCUUUCAAUGUUUUUCUUAUUCUUCAUCUCUUCAAUAAAUGCAGUAUGGUUUUGUCAGCCUUCUGGUCAUGGUGUUGCACCUAUAGUAUAGUUUAGAAAUACCUCUUUUAUGCACUGGUUUAAUUUUUGAACUCCAUUUUAUUCAAGUUCACAUUUCUGGUCUUGCUAUGUGAUACACUUUGCCAUGGCAAACCACUUUUUGACCUUGUUUAGUUGUUCCUAUUCUUUCCCCCUUCCCUAUUAUGAGACUUACUGUCCUGAAUGCUCCGUUUUAUUUUGAAUUUUAAGGUGAAUAUGCCAGCAUAUGUAUUUUUCCAAAGUGAAGUUCAUCACCCAAGGUCUGUAGAUGGCUUGAUAUGAGCUACUGCAAGGACUAUUCCCUAUCCUGUGAUCUGUGUCAAUGUGUUGUCUAAGUAGUCAUCCUCAGCUACAAAUACAUAUAUUUAAAUUAUUUAUCAACAUACCACCUGAAACAACUUUUUCAAGCAUGUUGGUUUCUAAGCCUCAGAAGGUAUAAUGACUUAACUAAGGUGUUUGCUAACACUUUAGAGGAAAGCUUGGAUCAUUAAUUGCAAAGCAGAUAAAAGUGACAUUUCUGAAAAGAUAAUCCCAACACAAUGAAGAUUUCUAUAGGUUUACUCCUGACUCUGCUGUACAGUUGAAGCACUUUCUAUGUUAAAUACUUCUAUUUGAACAGUGAUGUCAAAGUAUGAGGAUGUCAUUGUGAAAUGUUGUUACAUUUAUGGAGUUGUGUUGCUUAAAAUUUCCUCCAGUUUUGCUCUUCAUUAUGUGAUUUAAUAAAUGGGCCAAAAUGUAGUUUCCAUGAUUGCUGAAUCAAUGAAUGGAAAAUGUCACUGGGGUUUUAUUAACUCUUAGUGAAAAAUUACUUAAAGUUUUAUGUACAGGCAAAUUUUUUUUUUCAAAAUGAAGUUUGAAUGUCCUGUAAAUAAAAUGUAUUUUUAAAUAAAACUUUUGUCCUGAGCUUGGUGUAUAUUAACAACAGGGAGCUUGUGUCAGUUUGGAGAGUUUUAAGACAUUUGUAUGAAUGAAAUUUGUGCUUAACCUGUGAGUGUGCUAAUGACAGGAUUAAAACUGCAUAC